AUGUCCAUGCCCAUGGCGAGUACUACUCGAGCAGUUAACAACCUGACCAACACGAACGGAAACGCAAACAAACAACUCUAUCACCAAACAUUCGAUUCGCCAGCAAGAUCUACGAUGACUGCGACGACGGCUACCAACUCCAAUGGCAACUCCGCUAGAGAUGAAUCUACUAUCGUCGGCCUGCACUACAAGAUCGGCAAAAAAAUAGGAGAAGGCUCUUUUGGUGUUCUAUUUGAAGGUACCAAUAUGAUUAACGGCGUGCCCGUCGCGAUAAAAUUCGAGCCCAGAAAGACGGAGGCCCCUCAGUUGAGAGAUGAAUAUAAGACGUAUAAAAUUCUUAACGGUACUCCCAAUAUCCCGUACGCGUACUACUUUGGUCAAGAGGGUCUGCACAACAUCUUAGUCAUUGAUCUUUUGGGUCCGUCUUUAGAGGACUUGUUUGAUUGGUGUGGGAGAAAGUUUUCCGUGAAAACAGUUGUUCAGGUUGCUGUGCAGAUGAUCACUUUAAUUGAAGACCUGCACGCUCAUGAUUUGAUAUAUCGUGACAUUAAGCCGGACAAUUUCUUGAUUGGAAGGCCCGGCCAACCUGACGCGAAUAGCAUCCAUUUGAUUGACUUUGGUAUGGCCAAGCAAUAUCGUGACCCAAAAACCAAGCAGCACAUCCCGUACAGAGAGAAAAAAUCUUUAAGCGGCACUGCCAGGUAUAUGUCAAUCAACACUCAUCUGGGGAGAGAACAAUCCAGAAGAGAUGAUAUGGAGGCUCUCGGUCAUGUUUUCUUUUACUUUUUGAGAGGUCACUUGCCCUGGCAGGGCUUAAAGGCACCAAACAACAAGCAGAAAUACGAAAAGAUCGGUGAAAAGAAAAGGUCUACGAACGUUUACGAUUUAGCCCAGGGUUUACCCGUACAGUUUGGUAGGUACUUGGAAAUUGUCAGAAGUCUCUCCUUUGAGGAAUGUCCCGAUUAUGAAGGCUACAGAAAACUGUUACUAUCUGUAUUGGAUGAUUUAGGCGAAACUGCGGAUGGCCAGUAUGACUGGAUGAAACUGAACGAUGGUCGGGGCUGGGAUCUAAACAUAAACAAGAAACCAAACCUACAUGGAUACGGCCAUCCUAAUCCACCCAAUGAAAAAUCAAGAAAACAUAGAAAUAAACAGCUUCAAAUUCAACAGCUUCAGCAGCAACAGCAACAGCAACAACAACAACAACAACAACAACAACAACAACAACAACAACAACAGCAGCAGCAGCAGCAGCAGCAGCAACAGCAUGAUCAGAGAAAUGAAGCCGAUUUGCGCAAUUCUCAGUACAAGCCAAAACUGGACCCAACUUCCUAUGAAGCAUACCAGCAUCAAACCCAACAGAAAUACUUACAAGAACAGCAAAAGAGACAACAGCAACACCAGGAGCAACAUCAAGAGCAACAAUUUCAACAGCAACAACACCAAGAGCAACAGCAGCAACAGCUACGCGUUACAGGUCAACCUCAACCUCAACCUCAAUCUGAACCCCAGGCGCAACCUCAAUAUCAGCAGUUUGGUGCUGCACGUUACCAACAACAACAACUACCUUCCACUGCUCUAAAAGGUCCUCAUCAGCAGCGAAAUGAUAACAAUUCAAGUUUGGCCUCCUCUCAUAACGGCUUUUUCCAAAAAUUAGGUUGCUGCUAG